CACACACAAACACUCCUCUCCCUUUCUCUUGUUCAAUAGAUCCAGGUAGAUCUCCAAGUCACCAACACACUUUUGUCACCAUUUAAUUAUCUUUUCCUUUAAUUUAAGACUUUAAAACUUCAUUUUUGAUUGGCUACAUCAUGACUACAAGAAUUUGCAUAAUUUAGCUCUACUUUUUUCUAUUCAUUUGUUUAUUAUAAUAUCCUCCUUUUUUUAUUACAAAUUCUCUGGUUUCCAUUGUGGGUAUCCAUAUCUAACCACUCUUUUGCUGGAUUUUAAUGUUCUUGUCCAGAAAAUAAGGUCUAUCUUAUAUUCAUCUGGUGGGGUUUUUAUCUUCUUGAAAACCUUGACUUUUGUUCCAAAAUUCAAGAUUUCAACUUCAUAGUUCACACUCCAUAUGGCACGUAAAAGCUGCUAUAGUUGACUCAAAUCAUCAAAAGGGCACCCUCAAAAAAUGGAGAUUGAUGGGCCUAUGAUGAGAAAAAGUAUGUUUUUCUUGGGUUUUGGUUUGUGGGUUUUGCUUGUUGUGGCCUUGGCUGUUGAGGGCAUAACUGUAAAUACAUCAUCAAGUGGGCCUAAAGUUGUGAAUAUUGGAGCUUUGUUAACUGUGAAUUCAGUAAUUGGGAGGUCUGUGAAGCCUGCAAUUAUUGCUGCUGUUGAUGAUGUGAAUUCUGAUAAAACAAUUCUUGGAGACACUCAUUUGAAUCUCAUCUUACAUGAUACAAAUUGUAGUGGAUUUCUUGGCACCAUUGAAGCUUUGGAGCUAAUGGAGAAAAACGUAGUGGCUGCAAUCGGCCCACAAUCAUCAACAAUCGCACACAUUAUCUCACACGUAGUCAACGAGCUUCACGUACCCCUACUUUCAUUCGGUGCAACCGACCCCACACUAUCAGCUCUCCAGUUUCCUUAUUUCCUCCGAACAACACAAACCGAUUAUUACCAAAUGUCCGCCAUCGCAGACAUCAUCGAACACUUCGAAUGGAAGGAAGUAAUCGCCAUUUACGUCGACGAUGAUUACGGCCGUAACGGCAUUUCAUCGUUAGGCGAUUCGUUAGCCCAAAAUCGCGCCAAAAUUACGUACAAAGCUGCGUUUACACCCGGCGCGUCGGUUGACAGGUUAACGGAGAUACUAACGGCCGUUAAUUUAAUGGAGUCACGUGUUUAUGUUGUGCAUGUGAAUCCUGAUACCGGUAUCGAUGUUUUUAAAGUUGCGAAAAAACUCGGGAUGAUGACGAGCGGUUACGUUUGGAUCACGACCGAAUGGCUUCCGGCCGUGUUGGAUUCGUCUCAACAAAUAAAUACUGAUACCGGUUCCGAUUACUCUGACGUCAUGACCCUUUUACAAGGGGUAGUGACUCUAAGGCAACACACACCUAAUUCAUAUUUAAAAAAACUUUUCGCGGGAAAAUGGAAAAAUAUUAAAUUAAAAGAAACGGCUAGUUUUAAUACGUAUGCACUUUACGCGUACGAUUCGGUUUGGUUGGUGGCGCGUGCGCUCCACGCGCUGCUGAAAUCCGGCGAGAGCAUCACGUUCUCGUCGGACGCGAGGCUGCGAAAGGCAGACGAGUCGAUGCUCCGGUUUUCGGGGCUUCGGACGUUUAACGAGGGUCCGAAGCUGCUCGAAACGCUCCUAUCGACGAACUUCACGGGUGUGUCCGGUGAGAUCCGGUUCGAUCGUGAGAAGAAUUUGGUAAACCCGGGUUAUGAUGUGCUUAAUAUUGGUGGUACGGGGGUUCGGACGAUUGGGUACUGGACGAAAUCUUCGGGUUUAUCAGUUGACUCACCAGAUAAAACGUAUGCGAAAAAAGUGAACAGUAACAGUUCGAGUGGAACUAAACGGCUUUAUAGUGUGAUUUGGCCGGGUGAAACGAGUGUGAAGCCGCGCGGGUGGGUGUUUCCGAACAAUGGGAAGCCUUUACGGAUUGGUGUACCGUAUAGGCAUAGUUAUAAAGAGGUUGUAACGAAGGAUGUUCGGUCUCCACAAGGUGUACGCGGUUAUAGCAUAGACGUUUUCGAAGCUGCUGUAGAUUUGCUACCUUACCCGGUGCCUCGGGAGUACAUUCUGUAUGGAGACGGUGUGCGAAACCCGAGUUAUAGUAAUCUUGUGGCUGCUGUUGCUGACAAUACAUUCGAUGCAGCGGUUGGAGAUGUUACAAUAAUUACAAACCGAACACGAAUAGUUGACUUUACGCAGCCUUACAUGGAAUCGGGCCUUGUGAUAGUUGUCCCCGUAAAGAAAUCAAAAACCAGCCAAUGGGCUUUUCUAAGACCAUUCACUCUUGAAAUGUGGCUAGUAACCGGUGGUUUCUUUCUUCUUGUCGGAUUUGUCGUUUGGAUUCUUGAACAUCGUUUGAAUCAGGAGUUUCGAGGUCCCCCGAGUCAACAAAUCAUUACGAUUUUGUGGUUUAGCUUCUCAACCAUGUUCUUUUCACAUAGGGAGAACACAGUUAGCACAUUAGGGAGAUUUGUUCUACUCUUGUGGUUAUUUGUUGUCUUGAUCAUCAACUCAAGCUACACAGCGAGUUUGACAUCGAUCCUGACCGUUCAACAGUUGACUUCCGGCAUCGAGGGGAUAGAUGGGAUGAUUUCAAGCAAUGAGCCAAUUGGAAUUCAAGAUGGAUCUUUUGCAUAUAACUAUUUGGUCCAAGAACUUAAUAUUGCACAGUCUAGGAUCAGAUCUUUGAAAGACCAAAACGAUUACAUAAACGCGCUUCGUCUUGGUCCUAAGCGCGGUGGUGUGGCCGCCAUUGUUGAUGAGCUUCCUUAUGUUGAGCUUUUUAUGACUUACACCCAGUGUGAGUUCAGGAUUGUUGGUCGAGAGUUCACGAAAAGCGGCUGGGGAUUUGCAUUCCAAAGGGAUUCUCCACUAGCACUCGAUUUAUCAACCGCGGUUCUCCAACUCUCAGAAAACGGGGAACUAGAACGAAUUCACGACAAAUGGUUAACCACAAGCUCUUGUUCAUCUAAAGCUAUGGAAACCGACACGAAUAGCCUCUCAUUAAGCAGCUUUUGGGGCCUAUUCCUCAUAUGUGGGAUCGCGUGUUUCAUUUCUCUUGGUAUCUAUUUUUGGAGAGUGUUAUGUCAAUACAGAAGAUUCGACCCGGAUUUAGAAGAAACACAGGAGAUUCCAGAACCCGAAUCAGCAAGGCGGAGUUCAAGACGAACAUUACUGUCCACGAGUUUUAAAGAUUUAAUUGAUUUUUAUGAUAAAAAAGAAGCCGAGAUUAAGGAAAUGUUGAAACGACAUAAGCUUCAAGGUAACGAUCAUAGCGAUUCGCCUCGUUAGAUUAGAGAUUUUGUUGUUGUGCAGAAUUAGUAACUUUCCUGAAGUGGAAAGAUAUGUUCUUGCAUGCUUUUGUACAUGUGAACCAUAAACUGUUUUGCAGGAAAUCAAUUUUUAAGAUGCCUGGAUAGGGCAUGUAGUUAGAAUGAUGAUUAAUGAAUGAAUACAGUCUUGUUA